ACAUAUUUAAUUUUACAUUUAAAAUGUGUGCAUAUAAUUGUGUUUUGGGGGGUUUUAAAACACAAUGACACAACUAUAAUGAACGUGAAACAACUGAAUGCAACUUUAGCACCUUUAUUUCUAUCCUGUUCAUUUUCUUGUCGCUGCAUAUUAUUAAAAGUUACACAGUUCAUAUCAGACUGACGGGCACCUUCAAGCCCAGAGUCAUCUCUCUCUCUCUCUCUCUCUGUCUUUCUCUCUCUCUCUGCGCGCGCGCUUGUGUAACGUGGCUCGUUCGCUGUCCCGGGCAUCACGGUGCUGAACCCGCCGCAUCAGCCGCACCGAGCCACCGUCCAGCGGAACCUGAACUCGGAUUACACUUCCCCGAUGAACUGUCCCGAGGAAUCGCGCGAACACGACGCGAAAAACUACCGCAGAAUAACAUUUGCUCACGACGCGACCGAAGACAUGCGGCGUCCGCUCGAAGCAGCAUCACCUGCAGAAACGAGGAAGGUAUCGCUUUAACCUUUAGGCGCAGACACCUGGACGCGGACCUGAAUGAAUUCACGCCACUGAGGGAAGCUUUAACACAUGUGGCAUGCGCCUUACUCUGCAGGAGGACAUCUAGAUCCCAAACCCAAUGGAAUUAAUCGAUCUUAUGGCUUCUGACACCUGCUUACUGCCUUUUCAUUAUUUUUUGUACUUAAUUCAGAAUGCAAUAUAGACGUGCACUUAAAAGCAUCUUUGUUUCUCCAUUUAACUUGCAAACGAGUUUAAGUCAAGUCACCUUUCUUUACAUAGCGCUUUAUGCAAUACCGAUUAUCAAAGCAGCUUAACAGUGUCGACAGAAAAAUAGUUUGUCAAUAAUGCAAGAAGAGGACAUUCACUUUUUUAGCUAAAGUCAAUUCAUUGAUGAUUAAUGAUAUCAUCAUCUAGUUCAUCUCUCUCCCAGUAGUGUCUGUGCAAUCAGUCAAAGCGAAAUUCAAGCUAAAUUCCAAAAGUGCAAUGAACUUAAUGCAGGUCGCGUCUUUAAUGCAUCACUUAAGUUGCAAUUGUAGAGGGUUGCAAUUGUUGCGGAAUACAAUGGCGCUCGUCACAGCCUAAAAACGAACAGGGAGUCCAUACACCUGCGCUGAUUGACCCAGGACAGUGUCGACUCUCCCCGUUCUUGGAUGAAGCAUGCUGAAGAGCCGCUGUUGCGUUCUCUUCAGUGACCUCAAGGUGUUUCUGCUCGGGCCACAGGCUCCUACAAACCCCAUGAGCGGACAAACGGCCAGAAUCAGCCCGUUUGCCUCGGAUAACAACAACACGUUACGAGCCCACCGGCUCCGGCACUGGAGUAUCCCGUCCACAGAGGACUCCGAGGCGGCUGCGGACGGAUCCUGGAGCGGCGCCGCGGUGGAAGAGUUCCCCAAGGACCGGAGGGAUGACAGAUUCUCCUUCAUCAGCUAUGCAGAAGGAACCCCGGUGUGCAGGAUAUGCUUCCAGGGGCCAGAACAGGGUGAGCUGCUGAGCCCGUGUCGCUGCAAUGGCUCUGUUCGCAGCACUCAUCAACCGUGUCUCAUCAAGUGGAUCAGUGAAAGAGGCUCGUGGACUUGUGAACUCUGUUACUACAAGUAUCAGGUGAUCGCCAUCAGCACCAAGAACCCGCUGCAGUGGCAAGCGAUUUCGCUCACCGUCAUAGAGAAGGUCCAGAUAGCGGCGGCGAUCUUGGGUUCGCUCUUCCUCAUCGCCAGUAUCUCGUGGCUGGUGUGGUCAUCUCUCAGCCCUUCGGCCAAGUGGCAACGGCAAGACCUGCUCUUCCAGAUCUGUUAUGGGAUGUACGGCUUCAUGGACGUCGUCUGUAUCGCUCUAAUUGUCCACGAGGGCCCAUCCGUUUUCCGUAUAUUCCACCGCUGGCAGGCCGUCAAUCAGCAGUGGAAAGUUUUAAACUAUGACAAGAAGCGAGACAGCGAGGAGCAGAAGAAUAAUGAGGAAUGGACGCGUUCUCUCCACCAGAGGGAUCCGUCAGGAGCGGACGUCUCUCCUUCACCGUCUUCACUCAUGGCUGCUGCUGGGACGCCGGCACUUGACAUGACCGACGGCACGACAAACAUAAACACAAACACCACAGCUGCAGCGCAGGACUCCUAUCAGACGGAUGCGCUCGCUGACGGACCGGCUUUACCGGACCAGCACUGUCCCUAUAAUCUCCUGCAUUUACUGAGUCAUCUACGGCCGCACGAGCCACGCAGCCCAGCCAGCAACAUCAGCACAAACACCACUAAACCUAGAGAAGUGGUUAUGAGAGUCACCACCGUCUGACUGGAGGCCUUAUGAUGGGACCCUCCAGCUCUUUCAGCACAGAGACUAGAAGCACAGCAAUGGAACUGUUGGAUUAUUUAUGACUUUCACUGAUACUGAUAACAAACAAUAUGGGGUUUUAAUUGCAUAUUCUGAGAUCUAAAGAGCAGGUUGGACAGCUCAUGAAUUUAAAGGGACAGUUCACCCAAAAAUGGACAUUCUGUCAUUCCUUGAUGUUCCGAACAUGUAUGAUGUCAUUUUAUUUCCUGUGUAACACAAAAGGAGAAUUUAUGAAGAAUCUUAAAGCAUACAACAACAACUGAUUGUGAUCAAGGUCAAGCUCCAAAAAGCAUCAUAAAAAUGGUCUUUUUAUUCUGAAUUUGUGUUCUACAGUAAAACUAAUUGUCAUUUUGGUAUCAUUGAUAUGCUAUUAUGCUUUCUUUUCUAUUUGAAUUUAAGUUAAAAGUUUUAAGAAUUUUGUUGUAACUUUAUUAGUUUUUGUGUGUUUUUAGUAGUUUUUGUUUUAUUUAGUUUAAUUUAAUUUUUAAUUGUA